AUGGCUAAGCCGCUUCAUAUUCAGCGACUUGAGAAAGCUCUUGAGCUUGGUCCUUUCAUGAAAUACGCUGAAUCAAUUCUCACUAAAAAUGAUGAUUUUGAGAAUUCUUCGGACGAUGAUUCAGGUGUUAGACGCCAUACGUUAAAUCAAGAUAAAGAACUAAUGUAUCAUACCGAAAACAUCAGUGAAGAUCGUAAAUGGCUCUAUAAUCUUUUACUUUCCGAUACCGAGUCAGAUUCGGAAAUUUCUGAUCAAGACAAAUAUAUUGGAGAAAUGCUGAAAGAACAUGUUCGUGAGAAGCGAUAUCGAUUGAAAUAUCAUCAGAAUCCAAGCAAUGCUCAAUAUGGAUACUACAGUGCUGGAUUGUUAUCUAAUGUCGACAUGUAUCCAGAACAACAACAAUCAGUAACUGGCAUCAAACGACGAAGAAAGAAGUUCGAAAGAAAGCCUCUAAAGUUAGAAAAGAAACAUACAUUAAUGUCACGAGUUGAUAAAGAUGACUCAAACUUGUCAAAUGAUCUCAAUGACAUAGACUGGGAAGAUCAAAUUACCAUGAGUAUUAAAGAAGAAGAUCCAGAUUCACGGCCACAGUCUCCAUCUAGUAGAGGACGAAAGCGAAAGAGUCUCUUCAAAACACCUGAGCUUAUGAAUCAUCGAAGGAGGAAGAUGUGGCAAACAAUGGCAAAGAAGGAAGUUGGAAAAUAUCAGCGAAUCAAAGCAAAUAAUCAUAAGGAGUUGCUUAAUUUCACAAAGAAAACUGCAAGCUUAUGUCAAAAAGUUGCUCGUCAAAAAGCAAUGGAAUCGCAGAAACGUCAGAAAGAGACAAUCUGGCGUGCCAAACGCUUAACACGUGAGAUGCUUUCAUAUUGGAAGAAAUACGAUCGAAUAGAACGUGAAAAUCGACGAAGACUUGAGAAAGAAGCAGAAGAACAAAGAAAAAUGGAUGUUGAAUUAGUUGAAGUUAAGCGUCAACAACGUAAACUUAACUUUCUCAUCACACAAACAGAGCUUUAUGCUCAUUUUAUGUCACAUAAAGGCGAACUUUCAUCUCAGGAAGAGCAACGAAUCCUCAAUCAAUUGGAUGAAGAACCUUCACCACGUUUGUCUUCAAUCGACAAUUAUGACAGUGAAUUAAUGAAGUCAAAAGCACAGAAAAAUGUACAAGACGCAUUUUAUAUUGAACGUAAUCGAACAAAAGAAUUUGAUAAGAUUGCUCAACAACCGGCGUUGUUUCCCGUCAUUGAUCAAGCUUCAGGAUCAAUAGUGGAACUCCCUCAACCAGCAAUGUUUAAAGGUGUUCUUAAAGGUUACCAAUUGAAAGGAAUGACAUGGUUGGCACAUCUCUAUGAUCAAGGAAUCAGUGGAAUUCUGGCUGAUGAGAUGGGUUUAGGAAAAACCGUUCAAUCAAUUGCAUUCCUAUGUCAUGUUGCUGAGAAUUACGGUGUUUGGGGUCCAUUCCUUAUCAUAUCACCAGCUUCAACACUACACAAUUGGCAACAAGAAAUGCAACGUUUCGUGCCGAACUUUAAAGUAGUUCCAUAUUGGGGAUCACCAAAUCAAAGAAAGAUUUUAAGACAGUUCUGGGAUCAAAAAGAUUUACAUACAAAGGAUGCGAGCUUCCAUGUCGUCAUUACGAGUUAUCAACUUGUUGUGUCUGAUUAUAAAUAUUUUAAUAGAAUCAAAUGGCAAUACAUGGUUCUUGAUGAAGCACAAGCGAUUAAAAGUACAUCAAGUGUUCGGUGGAAACUGUUACUAGGCUUCAAUUGUCGCAAUCGUUUGUUGUUGAGUGGAACGCCAAUUCAAAAUUCAAUGGCAGAACUUUGGGCACUUUUACAUUUUAUUAUGCCAACACUUUUCGAUUCACACGAUGAAUUUAAUGAAUGGUUCUCGAAAGACAUUGAAAGUCAUGCUGAGAAUAAAACAGGAAUAGAUGAGAAACAAAUUUCAAGGCUUCACAUGAUUCUCAAGCCUUUCAUGUUGCGAAGAAUUAAGAAAGAUGUUGAGAAUGAGCUUUCGGAUAAAAUUGAAAUUAUGACAUAUUGUCCACUCACAACACGUCAAAAGUUCCUCUAUAUGGCUUUGAAGAAGAAAAUUAGAAUCGAAGAUUUACUUAAAGCAACUGGUCAAAGUGAUGGACACACAACUGAUAAAAAUUUCACUUCGAAUCUCAUGAAUCUCGUAAUGCAAUUUCGUAAAGUUUGUAAUCAUCCAGAAUUGUUUGAACGUCGUGAUAUUCGUUCGCCUUUUGCAUUAUCAAAACUUGAAUAUCAAAUGCCAAGACUUGUUUAUAAUGAACUUCGAUUACAUAAAAUGAUCCCAAGCAAGAAACAUUUGUUGUACAAUAAAUUCAACAUUUUCAAGGCUGAGAACGUUCAUCGACGAAUGCGACCAGAAGUUCUUGAAGUUGAUGGAUUUUCAUUCCUAAGAUUUGUAAAUUUAUCAUCAGGUGAAGUUGAAAAGUUGACACUUUGUGGUUUACUUGAAUUUCUUCUUCAUGCAAAACAGAGUGAAAUUCAUUAUCAACUUUUAAACUAUCGAAAUGAAUGGUGGAAAGAUGUUGAUAAGAGAUUUCUGUUAUUGACACCGUCGAUUAACAAAAUUAUUGACAAACGAUUCAUGAUGACGAACAGUAUUUUAAGAAACUUCAUUUUCACAAGUAAUAAUUCACGUGAAAGCUCAAUUUACACUCAUCAAAAUCAGUUGAUGUGUUCAAUGCAAGAGACAACUGAUCAUCGAAUCAUUCGCAGUCGUCAUGCGCCAGCAAAUGCUUUAGAUGAGCAUAUAAAGACAACACCAGUAAAAUCGCCAACAAUUCGUGGAUUGAAAUCUCCAAUGAAGUCGCCAACAAUACGAAUUGAGCCGAUUGAAAAGAAACUUGAUGAAUCGUGUGGACAUAUUAAGUUACUUCCUGAAUAUCCCCACAUUCCACAAAAACCUCGUAAAAUCAUCUGUGAAGCAACUGAAAUGCCGAAAUUUCUCUACAAACUUCCACCAAAAAUUCAAAGCACAGCAAAACGUUUGUAUGUUGAAUCACGUGAAGCUGCAUGGGAAUUUAAACGUUUCGAUCAUUGCGAUUGUCUUGAAGGUUGGCAAUUAAUAAACAAUUCAAUCAAGCAAAUGCAUCCACAUUCAGGUUGGUCGACUGUGACAAUCCCUGAUAAGCAAGCGCUUGUGUCGGAUGCUGGAAAGCUUUUCGUUCUCGAUUUGUUGCUGACACGAUUGAAAUCUGAAGGACAUCGAGUUCUUAUCUACUCGCAAAUGACGAAAAUGAUUGAUCUACUUGAAGAGUACAUGUGGCAUCGAAAGCAUCGUUAUAUGAGACUCGAUGGAAGCAGCAAAAUCUCCGCACGACGUGACAUGGUUGCUGACUUUCAAUCACGUGAAGAUAUUUUCUGCUUUCUUCUGAGUACACGUGCUGGUGGUUUGGGAAUUAAUCUUACAGCUGCUGACACAGUCAUUUUCUAUGAUUCAGAUUGGAAUCCAACAGUUGAUCAACAAGCAAUGGACCGUGCACAUCGUUUAGGACAAACAAAGCAAGUGACAGUUUACCGGCUGAUUUGCAAAGGAACAAUCGAAGAAAGAAUUCUUCAAAGAGCUCGUGAGAAAAGUGAAAUUCAACGGAUGGUGAUAAGUGGUGGAAAUUUCAAGCCCGACACAUUGAAGCCGAAAGAAGUUGUUUCAUUACUACUUGAUGAUGAAGAAAUUGAAACAAAAUAUCGACAGAAGAAAGGUGAAGAGAAGAAACCGUCAGAGGAAAGAUCGUGGGGACGACCGGAGAAAGAAUCAUCAGGAAGAAAACGAAAGAAUUUCCCACUUGCAAAAGAAACAAAGAAACAAAAGUUGGAUUUACUUUUGGAUGCUGAAGAUUUAGCAUUCUUGGAAUCGGGUGGUGCACCAUCGCCGUCUGUUAGUGAACAGUCGCAUGGAAGUAAAUUAGCUGGUGGCAGUGCUGGUGUAAACAACGAUGACGAUUCGAGUAUUGAAGGGCUUGUUGUCGAUCAUGAGAGUGCGAUUGGAUCGAUUUAUGGUGAUUUGAAGCCACCAAAGAAACGAAAUCCACAACGUGCAGGAAAUCGAAGACCUGGGAGACCUCGAGGAACGGGAAAGAAACGUGAUGAUAUGAAGCCAAUACAGCCUCAAGGGCCUAAACGAGGUCCUGGGCGUCCCAAAACAAAACAAACCGGUGGUCCAAGUAAUCAAGGCUACAGAAACGUUCCACUGCAACGUGUGACGAUGGUGAAAUCUUCUGAAAGUUCAAGAAGCUUCGAUGAUAAUAUUUAAAGUUAAUUCAUCUUUAAAAUAGUUCUUAAUGAUGAUGUUGAAGAUUCAAAAUGGCAUAGAAACGAAAGAGAAAAUAAAAUUGGAGAUUAA